CUGUCAAAGUUUGAAAGAGCGGUGACGAUGCUGAAAUUUUAUGUGCGAAAAAUAUCAUAAUACAAUAGAUUUCUUUGAUAAAGAAUUUUUUUCGAUAAACAACCUUAUCAACAAUUGAUCGAAAUAACACAAGAUAUUUAUAGUAGGACAAAUAUAUGAGAUAGAACAUGUGACAUAUACACGCGCGCGCGCACGUGCGUUUUGCUGUUACGUCACGUUACGUAGUAUGCGCAUCGACGUCAAGCGAAGAAUAUUUAAUUUCCCGAUAGCGUUUAUCGCAACGCGGUUUAAUCGAUGGUUUAUCGACUCGUAGGGGCAUAAAGGAUUGCAGGUGCGAGAGCGAUGGAAGCGCAAUAAUAGAGUAUUCUAGCCCCACUCUCUAGCCGCGGCGCCUCGCAGCUGCGACUCUGCCAUGAGUGCCACGUAAUUAACACGACCCGUAAGGCCGUAAAUACAGAACAGAGGAGAGAGAGAGAGAGAGAGAAAGAGAGGAAGGGAGACAGAAUUCGGAGGGACGCGUGUGUUUUCCGCAUUCGCGUUCGUUCGGAGAGAUGCCUACGUCGACGGGCACCACGUACACAUGCAUCACCGUGCACCACUGUGCACACGUAACAGCCGCGAACGUUUAUCCGUAAUGAGACCCUCGCGUCGCGUCGGAAAGGUGGAAACCACGUAGCGUUUGAGGGAAAGCAGGGAAAAAAAGGAGACUUGAAAGAGAAACGCCGGUCAAAUCCGCCUCUUUGCGUCUCUCAUUCCAAAACGGAGUGACAAUGACAACUCCCAUGUGCGAGGAUGGUGGACCGUUGAGAGAAUGGGCGCCCCUCGCCGUCCUGCUGCAGCAGAUACCUGCCAAGGUGCAGAACGGUAUUUUCACCCAAGACAUCAGUUUCACCUGCAUCGACGCCCUGACCGAGUUCAUCGCCAUUGGAACUAAUCACGGGCUCGUUUACUGGUACAACAGAGAAAAACAGGAUCUGCAGAGAUUGCGUUGCGAGAAUGUAAACUCCAAGAUCACGAGCGUGCAAGUCAUCUCCACGGUCGAUUACAUGGUCGCGGCGGGCAAUGAGCACGGCGUUGUUACAGUUUUUCAAAUUCCCAAGAAUCCGCCGGACUCACUGCCAAACAGUUUAAAGCCAAAACAGAAGAAACAGGUGGAGAGAUACAGUAUAAGUGGCUUGCACAAUACCGCGGUGACAGCAGUGGAAUGGUCUAAAAAUGGCAUGAAAUUGUUCAGUGGAGAUAAAGACGGUUUAGUAGUUUUAACGGAGAUCGAUUUUUAUAUGCAUUUAUCCAAAUCAUCGAAAUUGUUGAACGAGAAAUAUUCGGUGGUGCAAUUGAGCUACCAGCAGGGCUUGCUGCUAGUCUCAACGACGUUACGUACAAUCUUGGUGAACAGAAAUGAAAAUGGGAAAGUGACGCAAGUCGGCCAGAAAGAACGUAAAACACUAGGCAAGCUGGGAGCGGUGUUCGGCUCGCGACAAAAUUAUGUGCAAGAACCGCUAAUCUAUGCAAGUAGACCAGGAUUACGUUUAUGGCAAGCUGAUAAGGUCGGGACUGUGCUGAAAACGCUCAUAUUUAAGGAUGCAGUUAGAUCGGGCCAUACAGAGGUGGAGUUAUUAAAUCCCGCACCCGAAGGAUCGAGGAAGAAUCGUGGCGAGCCUUCGUUCGGCAUCGUGUUACCGUUUUGCGAUGAUUUGUUAGUAACGUACUGUGAUGACGUAGUCUACGUAGUGAAUCCAAAUACUAUUGCGAUAACAUCGAUCGUAAACGAUUUACGGCGCGUUACCGAUGUGGCUUGCACUAAAGACGAAAUAUUUGUAUUGGAGGGAGAAAGAAAUAUUUUGCGAAUUGCCUAUUAUCCGGAAAAUGAUAUUUUUACAGAAGAAAUAAGGAAGACAAUGGAUCCUUUAUUAUCGUUCGCCGAAUACAGUAAACCAGUUGCUAAUGGUAUACUAGAAUUAACGUCAAAAUUAAAGGAAAGUAGUAUAGUGCCAGCUAUUCCUUUUCCCAAAAUCAAUCCAACCAACAUUAUUCAAUCUGUAGGCAUUGUGCCGACUGUUACUGUUGGUACGGACGACAAUGCGAUUACAAACGCAGAGGAAGCUGUGGAAGUGCCGCCGAUAGUUCCAAUAGACUUAAAUACUACGCUCAUAACUGAUAUUAAUAAAAUACCGGAAUAUAACGAUAGCAACAGAAGCGCGGAAGACGCGAGGAGCAACGAUCGCCGGGAGAUAUUCCAGAGGAUUGGCCAACAGGAAUUCGAGGACGUCGUUUUCACGCCCGAAAGGAAGCAGAAGCGGUCUCGGAAUAAAGCAGCGAACGGGUGCGAGGGUGUCACGGUGCCUGACGGCAGCACUGAUCAUAUGUCGAGAAGUUUAAGCACCGAUCACAUGAACACCAACACGACGACGACGACGACGACGACGACCCAUUCGUCUUUAAUGCAGUUGAGCUUCGACGAUGAUUUUAUAUUGAAGUCAGAUCGAGAUUUAGAAAUGAUUCAGCGGGACGUGGAGAACAAGGAGAAACUGUUGGCGGACGUCUUGGAUUUCGAUUUGUCUAAAUACAUGACGAGUAGUCAAAUACAAGACAAGGACUUGUCGAGUGUAUCGAACCGUACGGAUUUCGAUUUGUCCAAUUACAUGACGAGUAGUCAAGUAGACAACGACUUGUCGUGUAUAUCGAGUCGUAUGGAUGCGAUAACGUGCAUCAACUGUAACGUACAUUCCAACGAUGCGGUGAACGGUGGGGAGCCGAUUGCGAGUGAGGAGAAUGAGAUCGUCGAGCAGAGCGAUCACACGGGAACCGAGUCGGGGGACGAGGAUGUCAGUUAUCGCACCGAAUUGAAGCGGUUAGAGGAUCUCGGGGAGUGCAGAAAGACCCUUUUACUAAAUAAGCUGGCUGACGCCCCACCAGCUGGUCAUAAUUUCGUCGACGUUCGAGAGCCGCUUGCGAAUCGAGACGAGCUAGAACACCAAUUUAACGCUUUGGCAAAGGAAUGCGCCACAUCCGCCAUCCUCGAGGAGGAAGAAGAUUGGGUUUUAGUCAAGGAUGAUAUACCAUCGAUUAUGUUUUAAGCAAAAGUCGUACGUAGUAAUUGCCUCGCGUUUUGUACAUAUGUCAAUAUAUUAUUGAGAAGAUAAUUUUUAAAAUAGUUAGAGAAUUACGCGACAUUGCGUGAAAUGAGAGCAGUUUUUGGAGUAACGAGUAAAUUCUCUCAUUGCGGAUUUUUUUUCUUGUAUAAGGCAUGUUCCAUUGAUCGUGUGAAAGGGCUAUUUUAAAGGUAAACUUUUCCAUUUUAUCGGCUAUCAAACGCUAACAAUAUAAAUUAUUGUACGAGAUAGAAGAAUAUGUUUGAAAUGUUUUAUAAUUUUGGAUAUUACGUGUGCAAUAUCGGGCAAUGAUAUCUGUUAUCAAAUUAUAUGCAUCGUGAAGUCCUGAGACAUGCAAUUAUGAACGUUCGUAUAUUAACAAACAAAAAUGCAUUUCGCAAAUAUCAUUGAAAGAUAAUACUAGUCACAAUUUGGAUAGCAUAUUGAUUGUUUAAAUUAUUAAUUACGUAUAUAAUUAUUAAUAUAUUUAAUGAAUGUAGCCUUUUACAAAUUGAAUAUUAUUUAAAAUGUAGUUACGUUAAUUUAACAUAGUACUAUUAUUUAACAUAGCACCUAAAUUCAGUAAUCAUCUAAAUUUACAAUUUGUUGAAAUACAUAUUUUAUUAUUUAUAUUAUAUACAUAUUUUGACUAUUUUGGGAAAGCUAUGCAUAAUGCAAUGCUCAGGUAAUAAUAUCAUGUUCAACAUGUAUUUUGUAUAAUCAAAUAGUAUUUUUACAUAUCUAAACACCUGCCAAGCACACGCGAAGAUAUACCAUCGGUAUGGUGUAUCACCAUCACUCGAUAUCGUAUUAUAAAUUUACAAUUUUCGUUUAGCGAAAGUUUUAUGUAAGUUUAUGCGAGUCACUCAUCAUUGCUACGUUCUGCGUAAGUUUGUAAAUUUAUAUCAGACAAAUAGUGAUCUUCGGGACACUAGGCUCAACAGUAUUUUUUUUAGUAUCAUACGUAUUAUUGCUCUAUAGUAUAGACUUGUCUCGAAUUUGCGGUUUAUUUCCGUUUUUAUGAGAAAAAAAAAUACAGAAAUAUUAUAUAACAUGUGAGAACAUUGCAUGGCUCUAAAGUAUAUCACCUCGCCGCGCACAUUAUUAGUACUCUGCAAGGUACGAAAAGUUAAAUACAAAUGAUUAAUGAAUAAUUAUACAUUUAUGUAUCGAAUAAUUAUAAUGCUUUGUCAACUAUGAAGAAUAAAAUCACAGUUCUAAGGCUCAA